AUGGCGGGCCACCAUCGACCAAGCCGCGUGACGCUGACUCCUGGGUCGGCUCACGGCUCGCCUGGGCACUCGGUGCUGCCUCCAGCCGAGAGGCAGGCCCGCACGACCGCCCCACCACCGACCCGCUACCAGUACAGAAUCGGCAAUGCAGCGGACGCCCACGCCGCCGACCACCAGCCCGCCGUCGACCCCGUGGCCCCCGCCGCCGACCACCAGCCCGUCGUCGGCCCCGUGGCCCCCGCCGCGCCGCCCCUGUCCCCCGGCGCGCCACCCCUGCCCCACGCCGCGCCGCCCGCUCCCCCCGCCGCGCCGCUCGUGCCCCCAGCGCUGACUUUCUUGAUCUUCGCCGGGUGCAGCUGUAAGCUCGCUCACAACGUCCCCUCGUACGACAUGGCCUCCGCCGAGCCGCCCCAGGACCCCGCCGCAGCCUUCGUCGAGCUCAGCUUCACCCUCGCCGACAAUCUCUGCGACUAUGAUGUGGCCCGCACCGCCCACACGGAGGCGCUCGCCGCGCCAGAAGCUGUCGCGGCGCCGGCAGCCGUCGCCGCGUCCGUCGUCGCGGCCGCAGCAAGUGGGAGGGCCCUCGCGGAGGACCUCACCGCGCUGUCGCAGGGGAUCACGGCGCACGCGGCGUCCCUCCCGGCGCACGAGGGCGCGCUCGCCGACGCGUUCGCCUCACUCGCCCACGCCUGCACCACGCACGCGCAGCGCCUCACCGAGCAUGCGGACGUCCUCUCCGGGUACGCCGCGGGCCUCGCCGCCGGCGUCGCGCCGGCCGCGCCCGCUCCCCUGGACCCAAUCGAGCGGCCUUUUGGGCAGAUGCUUAAUUCAAAACUUUUCCUCGCGCAGGAAUUGGCGCCUUUUGAGCCUCCGCACGCGGAUUUGGAGGACGAGGAGCACUAG